GUAAGAUCGGUAUAAUCAACUCAUUUUUACUUUGGCGAAAGAAAGGAAUCUUUUUUGACUUUCAGCAGUCUUGUUAGAACAGCUCGUUGUACUCAUGUGCCACUAAUUGCGCCCGUUAGAUUGACUGCCGGGAAACAAGAUGGCGCCCAAGGUGGUGUCUGGCAAGGCCGCAAAAAAAUCUGCGAAAGUCAAGGUACAGAAAACUGAUAAAAAGAAGAAAAGAAGGAGGAAGGAGAGCUAUGCAAUUUACAUAUACAAGGUCUUACGUCAAGUCCACCCGGAUACUGGUAUUUCGUCGAAGGCUAUGUCCAUCAUGAACUCCUUUGUGAAUGACAUUUUUGAGCGAGUUGCUGGUGAGGCCAGCAGACUUGCUCAAUACAACAAAAAAUCAACUAUUACCAGUCGGGAGGUUCAAACUGCUGUUCGUCUGUUACUUCCGGGUGAAUUGGCAAAGCACGCAGUAUCAGAGGGGACGAAGGCCGUGACGAAAUAUACCAGUACUAAGUGAUACUACUUGUCUCUUCCAUAAAACCUGUUGUAUCCUGUUACCGUAAUACAAUCUCUUACAUUGUCUU